UGCGGUUGCAGUGCGAGAGAGGGUCGCGAUGAUCUGACAGAUGAAAUCGCGAAAAUAAAGCUCGAGCAGGCGGCGUCCUCCCUCACUCAGCCAUGUUCCCCAAAGGCAAAGGCUCCCCGGUGCCCUCGGACGGCCAGGCGAGAGAAAAGUUGGCUCUUUACGUCUAUGAGUAUUUGCUACACAUUGGAGCACAGAAGUCGGCACAGACCUUUUUAUCAGAGAUUCGAUGGGAGAAAAACAUAACACUUGGAGAACCCCCUGGAUUCCUACAUUCCUGGUGGUGUGUAUUCUGGGACUUGUAUUGUGCCGCACCAGAGAGGAGAGAGACAUGUGACCACUCCAGCGAAGCAAAAGCCUUCCAUGAUUACAGUGCAGCAGCAGCCCCUAGUCCUGUGAUGGGAGGGAUGCCCCCUGGUGAGGGCAUGCCAGGAGGACCCAUGCCACCUGGCUUUUUCCAGGGUCCUCCUGGUCCCCAGGGCUCUCCUCACCCUCAGCCUCCUCCCCCUAACAGUAUGAUGGGACCUCACAGUCAGUCCUUUAUGUCGCCACGCUUUGCUGGCGGCCCAAGAGGUCCACCCAUUCGUAUGGCCAACCAGCCGCCAGGUGGAGGACCAGGUCCUCAUCCCAUGCUGCCUAACAUGGACCCCACACGACCACAAGGCCAUCCUAGCUUGGGGCCAAUGCAGCGAAUGAGCGGCCCUCGAGGCAUGGGACCCAUGGGUCCUGGUCCUCAGAACUUUGGUGGUGGAAUGAGGCCUCCACACAACUCCAUGGGUCCUGGAAUGCCAGUAGUCAACAUGGGCCCGGGAACUGGUCGGCCAUGGCCCAAUCCCAACAAUGCCAACUCUAUGCCUUAUUCAUCACCCUCUCCUGGUGCAUAUGGGGGGGCAUCUGGGGGAGGAGGACCUCCUGGAACUCCCAUCAUGCCCAGCCCUGCAGACUCUAACAACUCUGGUGACAAUUUGUACACCAUGAUCAACACUGGACCCGGCAACCGAAAUAAUUUCCCCAUGGGCCCUGGCUCUGACGGACCCCUGGGAGCCAUGGCUGGGAUGGAACCACACCACAUGAACGGAUCACUAGGCUCUGGUGAUAUGGAUGGAAUGAACAAGAAUUCUCCAAACAAUUUAAGUGGCAUUAGUAAUCCUCCCGGGACCCCAAGGGAUGAUGGAGAGAUGAGUGGAAACUUCCUCCACUCCUUUCAGAGUGAGAACUACUCUCCAACCAUGACGAUGAGCGUGUGACCCCCUCCUCCGCCCCAACCCAACAUUAUUUGCCAUCAUUCCGAGGAUCUGAACUCACUAUAGGACACAGCCAAACACAGCAGCACCGAAUCAGGGACGGGCGCCACUUUGGUUCCACCCUAGACGCCUGAAUGCUGAUCGGAGAAAUCAAAAAAAAAAAUCAACAACGGCUGGCAACUACUGCUCCUUGCUCAAAAAUGAAGGACAAAUUUCUCCCAUUUAUCACAACCCACCAAGUGUGACAAAACCAGCUACUGAAAUGCAUUCAUGACACGUUUUACGUUUUCCGCAGAGC